AUGGCCGAGCAAUUGGGUGCCGCGACUCCAUUCAGGGUGAUCACUUUGAACGUCAAUAAUGUAGCCGCCAAUCGCCCAAAGCAAGACGCCAUCCGAGAUAUAAUCAAGAAUGACGAACCGCACGCCGUGAUUUUGACGGAAACGGCACAAAAGAAACGACAGCAGCUGCCCCCCAUCUACGAUCCGACACUGUACGAGGAGUUCUAUACCCCGGCCAGUGCCAGUAACUCAUCGACAGGGGUAGCCCUCAUCGUGCGCCGCAACCUCAACCCCACACGCGUCAGUGUUCCGUUCAGCACUGCUACAGAUGGCAGAAUUUGCGCCGUCGACAUCUCACUGCCCGAUGAGGCCAAACGGCGCAAAUCGGUUCGCAUUGUCGGCCUUUACGCGUCACCCAAAGCGAAGGACUUGGAGACCGACGGUGCGCUUACGCGAUUCUGGGAGGGGAUCCGCGCAGUGGUCAGCGCGGCCCCCGCAGACUGGAUCCUCGGAGGCGAUUACAAUGCCCACCUCCAUCCCCAUGAGUCGCACUCCCUGAACUCGUCGCAUGGGUACGAGCUGCACAGGCAGAAGCAGCAAACGGCCUACCGAGAGUUUUUGAACGCCUGCCAUGGCACAGACACUUGGGAGGUGCAAGAUGGGGUCUGCUGGGAGCACCACUGGACUCUCAGGGCCUAUGGAACACCCAGUACAAGGCGCAUCAUAGACCGCUUCUCAGUCUCUCCCGGCAUCUCCUGUGUGAGGACCGAGACACUGACGGGCACUGGUCCGACCAAGGACGACCUAGUGGCUAAGACCCCACCCUCGCCGUUGUCAGUCCGCCAAAACGUACGCAUUCUACCUCGCAUGCCUGUUCCCGCCACGAACCAUAGGCCGGUGCGCGUGUCUCUCAGAUUAGGCUGCAUGGUACCCCCGUCGGACAAGGACCGAUACAGCCGUGCUCCAGCUCGUUUGCGCCAGCCGAAAGGUAACAGCGCUACUCGGGCCUUUGAGAAGAUGAACGACAAGCUCAAAGGUUUCAUGCAGCGCUCACCACCGCCCCAUCAACCUCCUCAAAGUGACUCUGAAUGUGACGACCUGUAUGCGUGGUGCACCGAGGCUUUGACGUCCUCGUGCAACUCAGCAUUUCAGCGCUCGCGUUCUAGGGCGGUGGUCAAUCCCCAGUUCUCACCUGCCACCUCCCCUUUGCUUCGAGAGCUGCAAGAGCGCCGCCACCAGAUCAACCGCGGUCUUCGAGCGGUGAAAGAAGACAGGUUUCCUGCUCUCUUUCUUCGGUACGCCAAGGUCCGUCAAGCCCUCCCCGAAUUUGCGGAAACAUCCUUGGCAUCGCAGCUGGACAAGGACGAAUCUCUCCGACUCCUGGAGCGCAAGCGCGACGAGCUCGAUCACAGUAUCCGGAAGGAGACGAGGCGCCUCACCUUCGUCUCGACGGCUGCUGCAGAGAAGAGGGAGUGGCAGAAAGCCAUUCACGGGGGCAGGCUGAAGCACCUGUUCGAACCUGCAACGGUGUCUGAACCGCCGUUCCUGACAAAACGAAGCGACUCGGGCGAGCCGGAAACUUUAGAGCAUCAGCCAGAGGAGAAGCUUCAUGUUUGGUCCGCUCACUUCAAGAAAGUUCUGCAGCGACCAGCUCCCCCGACCCAGCCCAAGCCGUGGAUGCUCACCAGCGGGCCACUCGCAGAAGGAUCGCCGGACAAGGGUGGCGAAGAUUUCGUCUGGCCUCGGCCGCUCUCUCUCCCCGCACUUCGGGGCGUUCUUGGGAAAGGCAAUCCUCGCCCAUCUCCUGGCCCAGACGGGUGGGAGAAGUGGGCCCUCCGGAAUGCCAGCGACGAGUUCUUGCAGAUUGUGAUUGCGCUCGCCAACUACAUCAUAACGCACUCGUACUUUCCAGAGCAGCUGAAGGAGGCGUUCAUCACCCCCAGGUUCAAGCGUGGCGACUUCACCGACCCUAAGAACUACCGCGGCAUCGCUCACUCGAAUCUGUUGUACAAUAUCGUUUCAACAUGGUUCGGCACGUCAUUGAGAGACCACGUGUGGCGCAAAGGCCUCCUCAACCCUACACAGAUCUCUGGGCAAGCCGGUGUUCAGCCUGGAGACGCGCUAUCUCUCUUGGAGCAACUGGAUGUGUGUUUGUCCGCAAAUGAGGAGACUGCAUUCGUAUUAAAGCGAGACCACGUACAAGGAUACGACCAGCUUCACGCUUCGGCUUUCGAGGACGCACUGGAGUACUUUGGCUUCAACCCGGCGGUUACCGCCUUCGAACGGGCGCGCAUAGGCCAAUGCAGAAUGCGCGUGAAAUCGCAUGACGGGGUGAGCUCCGAGUCAUUCGUGACAUCUGGACAGACCAAGCAGGGUGAUGCGCCGUCCUCGCUACGCUACACUUUGUCUACCUCUCUUUUAUAUUGGUGGUGGAAGCGUUCCCCUGCUCUCGAUUGUCACUUCCCUCGCAUUAGGACAAGGAAUGGGAAGUCGGGAAGGUUCCAUUUCGAUAACGAGAAACGCCUUGACAUCCUCAUCCGCCUGAUCGAGGCAACCGAUGAUAGUCUACUUCUGGCUCGGAGUCUGUCAUCGUUGCGCGAGAUCACGAAGCUCGCCGAGCAGUUCCAGAUGGCGUACGGAAUCGAGACGAACUGGACCGACACACACAAGACGUCGGCAUUCGUACUGGGGAAGCAGCCCUCUGCCCUCCCUGAGAAGAUUGAUAUUCCGCUCCCCGGCCGCCCAGACCUGCAAGUUACGGUGACACGCGAACCGGUAUUCCUCAGGACCACCUUCAACAAUCCUGGUCUCACAUUCAACCGCAUCCUGGACCUGAUUGAGGGUUUUCCACUUCCAUGGGCUAAGCAACUGCCUCUGACGCUCAUCCGCCGCGCGAUAUUUGGACUUUUGAUCCCCAAAAUCAGAGGAGUGCUGAAUCUCCAGCCGCUUUCGCUGCAGAUGGCGGAAGAGUUGGACUAUGCGAUGGCUCGCAAAGUGUCCGAGGCAUUGGGCGUUCGGUUCCGGCGGACAACAGCCAUGUUCCUCCCGAUCAGCCAGCUUGGAUUCGGUUUACCGUCAAUUGUCCGCAUCAACGGGCAAGCAGCAAUUUCAGCGGUCCUGCGCUCGCUCAACAGUCCGCUGGCUCCUUUGGCGAUGGUUGCGGCGGUCACGCACAGAAACUGGAGCUGCCACGGCCACUCUUGUGGCAAUCCAUUCUUCCGGACCCCUGGUCCGCAGGAGGAGCUUCAGCCGCGGCCGAAACCUACGAUCAAGCUGACCCAGCUCAAGAUUGAGAGGGAACAGAUGCGUUGGAUUGCUGCACACCGCUACGUUCCUCGUGCAUGGCUCGCUGCCCGCCAAUAUGCCCAUUUAGGCGGUUUCAGCAUUGUGGCGACGACGGAUCAGGAUAUCACGAAGGCGCGACCAAUGCACGUUCUCAAUGCGUGUAAACACGCAUCUACUCGUCAACCGCCGUCAAUACUGUUCAUCAAAGAGGAGAUCUUUAGUCGCACGCCAACCCUGUGCCGGCUUCCUUUCAAAGAUUGGGCCGAUGAGGUAUUGGCCGAGCUGGAUAACCCCAGUGGCGCGUUGGCGGGAUCGUGGCGCGUUCCGUGGGCACAGGAGAUAGACGCGUUCAAAUCAUGGCUGACCCAUUUCGAUCUCUCAGAUCUUGCAGGUCCACAGCCAGACUGCAUAGAAUCCAAAGCGAACCGUCGUGAAUCGUACUCCCUGGAAGUGAGGCGCUCCUUCAACAUGACGUACGGAAGUUCGGUAUCCCGCUCCUCGGCAAGCACGUACGCCACCGACGGAAGCUUCCGUCUGAGCAGCAGCGGGCGGUCGGAAACGGCUGCCGCCGUGGUAGGAGCCGGCACUGCUGCUCUCUGCCUGUCACCUCAGCAGCAGACGACUUCGCUCGACGGCGAGCUGCUGGGUAUUGUUGCUGCGCUUCAGCACGCUCGCGAACAUUGCCCCGAGGUGUUGAUCUUCGAGAUUGUCACCGACUCGCAGAGCAGCGUCGACAUCGUCCGCGGCUACUUGCAGCGAGGUGCAGAAGCAAACGGUCACCUCAUGAAACAGAGACCGUCGUGUGAGCUUAUUCGGUGGCUCACGUCGGAGCUGGAGAUGACUGCGAGCCGAGGCGUCGAGCUGCGUAUGACGCACGUCAAGGCGCACACGGACUCAGUGGACCGCCACAGCCAACUGAACAGAGCUGCCGAUAGGUUGGCGAGCUUCGCUCACAGUGCCGGCCGCAAGCUCCCGGCUCUCACAGGCUGGAUGCAGGAUUACACUGUCUGGUGCGGGGCGGGUUACAUUGGCAACACUUGGAAGCAAGAGCUUGAUUCCUCUCUCAUCAAGCUACAAUGGGGGUGGCUUGGAGAGAGGGAGAGGAAGGUUUUCUCAAGAGGAGAUGAGCCGACCCCGCCUGUCGCAAGGCACUUCUAUUGGCGCGACGCCAAGGGAUCCGUAGCCCGGACUCAGUUAUUGACGCGUCUCCAUGAGUUCCCCAGUAACCAUCACAGAAGCGUCCGCGGAAAGGGCACUGCCGUUUGCUUCUUCUGUGAUGAGAUGGACCAGACCGACGCGCAUCUGUUCGCCGCCUGUCCUCAUUUUGAGGCUGCGCGUCAGAAAGUGAUUGCCGAUGCGCUAGAGAAGGAACGAGUUUCGCUCAUCCGGAAGCAACUGUCUGGAUCCGGAGCACGAGUUCAUCAUGGCAACCCGAUGAGGUCGACGGCUGUGGAUGUUACAGCCGAGCAGGAAGUAGGAGAGGCAGCGCCGGAGACUGAGCUCAGUGACGCGAACACCGCCAGUCUCACUGAGUACCGGCGGUACUUGAUGGCUAUACUGGAUCCCAUCAACCAAUGCGCCUGGUGGCAGGGCAAAACGCUCCCUGUCGAAGACUUCGAUCUCACGCUCAGCCAGGCUUAUUCGGCCCAUAAUUGUUUCAUCAUCCUCACCAACCGCAUCGCUGCCGAGCAAUACGGCCAGAUUGCCAGAGGACGGGGGGAUAAGAUGCUGAACAGGGGCAAUGAGGGCGAUGAGGGCGAUGAGGAUGAUGAGGACGGAAGUGGGGACGAGCCGGGCCAGGGAGCCGGCGGAGAGCCCGAGGACGACUUCCCCGUGCUGUAG